CAGCAACCAGCAAGCGGCAAGCGCGCGCACACACCAAACGCAACUGCAACUGCAACUGCAAGAGCACGCCACAGCAGAAACCAACAGUUCCACACGAAGCAAAAAAAGGGGACCCUACCCCUCUGCCGAUUUCCAUCCGCCGCCGUCGUCUGUGACCGACCAGACCAUGGACAAGAUCCUGGCCUUCUCCAUCCUGAGCUCGUCGCCGGCGGACAUCUCCGCGGCCGGCCUCUCCUCCUCCUCCUCCGCCGCCCGGCUCUCGUGGCGGGCUCGGCCCCAGGCGGCGGCGGCGGACGCGGCGCCAACGCCGAGGCAGGAGAAGGCGGCCGACCAGCGGGCCCCGGCGGCCGAGCGCCGGCGGGAGACGCGGCCGCGGUUCGCGCCCGAGUUCGACGGGCUGCACUGCUUCGAGUCCAUCGUCUCCGCCUGAACUUCGAGGGGCCUCCUCGUCACAUGCCGCCCCCGCGCUUGGAUUCGUUCCUGUCGGCGGUCACCGAGUGAAAAGGCGACGGCGACGAGUAAUUUGUACAGACCUGUUGUACUGUAUACCGCACCCAAAAAGUGAAUGGAUUACCUUCGUUUCAUACUUUGGUUUCGUUAUAAGGUUUGGUCCGAUGCGUCUUCGGCCUUCAAUUGUGGCAGAAGAUGGAAUUUGUGGGAGGUUCCCAUGAAUGUGAUCACCUUCGAUUCGAUUCGACACUGAAGUUGCUCUGUUCGUCGUCCUACUCUACGAAAAGGCAAUGGUGGUUCUUCUUCGGGGGAGAAACAAUAAAUAAACAUAAGAUGGAUGACGGAUUUGUUGUGCACUGAUUGGAUGAUGUAACGUCGUCCCGUGGAUGAUGCUGUGUCGGAUUAUCCAUUGGAGCACGACAAGUACCAGUUUUUAAGUAGAGUGUAGCAAUAAUUUAACUCGUCUGGUCAUAAACGAAGGCACCGGCAGCGCGUACACGUUACCCCCCAGCGGCCCAGCCAUAUGAUGAAACUGACGCAUGUGCUGUCGCGCCUCGCGACCAGCCAUGGAACUGAACGGGACAGUUCGGCUUGGGUUCAUCCACCGGCAGAUUACCUGGAGCUGGAGGACUCGGUUUCAAAUUGGAGACCAUCCAUCCAUUUCGGUACAGAAA